CGGCAAAGAUCAAGGCGGUGAGACGAAUGCGAAAAAGAAUUUGCCCACGCCGAAUUUGCUCCGACCACAUGUUGGUGGGGUUAAUGUGGUGUGUGUAGAGUCAUAGGUUGAGAAUGUUCCUGACUGGGCCUCGGACUGCAGAAAGAGAACUUCAUAUUUACUGCAUAGAUUAUUUAUAUAAUUCCCUCAUAGAGCAUUUUGGAGAUUUUGUCAUUUUGGAGCCAAAAGUUGUCAUUGUGGUAAUCAAAGGACAACAAUUGGACAUUUGCCAACGCAUAUCUCUUGGUUGGUUGGCUACUUCAUCCUCGCCUUUGAAUACACCUUUAAAAACUACACCAACACAACCCAUUGUUGCACCCCUCCUAUACUCGCCAUGUCUGAACAUGAGGUCAGCGAUGACACUCGCGUCCUCGGCCAAGAUCCACUGAUCCAGCCAGAGUUGCUGAUCUCAGAAAUUCCCAUCACCAAGGCUGCCCUCCAGACCGUUAUUACGGGUCGCAAGGAAGCCGUUGAUAUCAUCAUGGGUGCAUCAGACCGCCUUCUCGUAAUCUGCGGCCCAUGCUCCAUCCACGACCCCGCCACAGCUGUCGAGUACUGCCAGCGCCUCAAGGCUCUCUCCGACAAGCUAUCCGGCGAUCUCUGCAUUAUCAUGCGCGCUUACCUCGAGAAGCCGCGCACUACUGUUGGCUGGAAGGGGUUGAUCAAUGACCCAGAUAUUGACGAGACCUUCAAGAUCAACAAGGGCCUCCGUGUAUCGCGUCAACUCUUCUGCGACCUUACGUCGUCUGGCAUGCCGAUUGCCAGCGAAAUGCUCGACACUAUCUCCCCACAAUUCCUCGCGGACCUGAUCUCCCUCGGAGCUAUUGGAGCGCGCACUACAGAGUCCCAGCUGCAUCGCGAACUUGCGUCUGGACUUUCCUUCCCAGUUGGCUUCAAGAACGGCACGGAUGGCAGUCUGACCGUUGCCAUCGACGCUAUCGGAUCCGCUGCUGCCAAGCACCAUUUCAUGGGUGUCACAAAGCAAGGUCUCGCGGCUAUCACGAGAACAGCUGGAAACCAGCACGGAUUCAUCAUCCUCCGUGGCGGCACCAGAGGUACCAAUUUCGAUGCCGAGAACGUCAAGUUGACCAAAGAGGGCUUGGAGAAGAAGGGACAGAAGCAAGCUAUCAUGAUUGAUUGCUCGCACGGCAACUCCAACAAGGAUCACCGUAACCAACCAGGCGUCGCAAAGGUCAUUGGCGACCAGCUUCGCAGCGGCGAGAAGUCGAUCAUCGGCGUUAUGAUUGAGUCGAACAUCAACGAGGGCAACCAAAAGGUCCCCGCCGAGGGCCCAGCUGGCUUGAAGAAGGGCGUCUCCAUCACCGACGCUUGCAUCGACUGGGACUCGACUGUCACAACACUGGAGGAUCUGGCCGAGGCUGUCAGGGCGAGAAGGAAGCUCAACUCUGCUGCGGAAUAAAUGCAGCUUCAAAAAGUUUUGUUGUUAGCGUUGCCACCGGUGCCAAAAAAGCGGAAAAUGGUGCCUUAGAUUGUGGAUAUUUCUGUCGUGACAUCUACUAUGCGAAACUUGUUUGACCAUUUUGAUACACUUGAUACAGGUUCUGAUCCGACCACAAUAUGGAUGUGACACAUCCCUUCUGGCUUCCCAGGCUCCGGCACUUUCCAAGUUAGGCGGUAGAUUUCAUAUGAUCAAGCCCGUGAUUCCCUUCGGUUCUUGGCCUACCAUAAAGGGCUUUAUACUUCGACCGACAGCUAAAGUCUUCCCAUUCUCCGCCCGAGAUAGCCGUUUCCGUUUAUAUUGGCUUCUGUAUAUUGGUAUGCAUCGCACCAGCGCCUCGAUUAUUCCCGCUCUGUUGGAUAGCAACUCGAAAUCCAGAUUACCCGUUGUUUACCGGUGCAUACGCUCCUUGGUCGCCUUGCCGCGAGCCACUGCGCCUGAACAGGCCAGGGCCUCCUGCCUUCCUCUUCUCUAGCACUUUCAAUCCAGCGGCCCAGCCGAGAAGCCCUAAUGUCGUGCAAAUAAACGCUAGCACGAUAAUCUGGUCCUUCCUGCUAUCCCUCUGGAAGCACGUUGUAAAUAUGUCCUUCUCUCCGGCAUUCUUGCAGAUCGGUAGGUUUUGCGCGAUACAGAAAGCGCGAUUACAUUGGCUGCAAUCGGCUGAGGAGGCAGCACGGCGCUCUAGGGAUGCAGGCGGAUCGGGCGAGAAUCGGCUGAGGAGGUUCGCCGACUUCUCAGAUGUGGUUUUCGGUGUAAGUUCGAUGAUGGUGCUGUUUGUAAAGCAGGUGCAUUUGCAGAAGGAAGGAGGGGCUGGAGGGUUAAUCAGCGAUUGAAAUUAAACGACCAGAGAACUUCACGAGAGAUUAGACUCACAGGUGCAAGAGACAGUGAUGAAGAGGGCGAAGAACGCUACGAGAGCUUGGAACCGCAUCCCGACGUUAAGCUCGCGUUAUAUGCUGUGGAAGGCCGUCAGGUUCUGUGGAUAACAAGCAGUGCGCAGUAAUCGUUAGAUGUAAUAUUAUAAGCUUCUCUAGAAUCAGAACUUAAUAAGUUUCUUAUUCUGCGAUAUUCGAGAGAUGCAUUGA